AGUCUGUUCAAGUUGCUCUCCAUCAAAUCCACCAUCUCCAUCGCCUCUGAAUUGACAUCUGGUGAGAAGUCCUCAGCAGCCAAGGCGAAGUUGGAGGACACAAAGCAAAAGCAGAUCGCCCUGCUUGUCAGCAACAGCACAUCACUCAAGUCUGCUUGUGAGAUCUGCAAGGGACAGUGCAAGACCUUCAUGUUCAUCUGCAGCACCAUCAGACCAGAGUUGCUCAAAGACAUCUUGGGGAUGAGUGAUGGCUGCCCACUCGCCCUCUGGGCUGCCAUCAACAACUGCUAUGGCAACAAUGAUGUUGCCCUUCAGGCUGCACAAUGCAAUCUCAGGAGACCUGACAUCUACCUCAUUUGCCCUGGCAACUCCAUUCACUCAGUCUGGGCGCAUAUCCAGGCACUCAUCAGCGUCCUGGCAACUGAGACUGGCAGACACAAGAUGUUGGAGCAGAGCAGGCUAGUCAUCCUUGUGACUGUGCUCAAAAGCAUUGAUCCUGCCUUUGAGGCGCAGUUCAACACACUAGCAGAUGACUCCACAGUUGAAGUGGCCCCUCAUGCUGCCACACUGGUGGCGAUGACCACCACUGCCAUCACCACUGCAUCCUCCAUGCCCAUGCACACCUCACCAUCCACCAUGCUCACUGCCAUGACCACUGCCACCACCACUGCUCACCCCAGCAACUUCACCAUCAUCAGCAAAUCCAAUGCCCACACUGUAACACCCACCAUGGAGGCCACCAUCAACAAUACAUCCCAUGUCAACUACUCAGUCUUCUCCCUGCUACGGCUCCUCAGCUACAGGAGUGGGAAUCUCUUCUACUUCAACAUCACCUUCUCCCCCACGCCCACCUGCGCCAGCCUGCUCGCCGCCCUGUCCACGUUCUCCCCACAGCUGUGCAUGGAUCUCAUCCACUGUCACCUUGGCCAUGCCAGCAAGGCGCACUGCCAAGAGUCCAUACAACAGUCCACCAACUUCAGCAACCAGGAGAAUGCACUGCACAACAUAGCAGCAUCAUUUCCCUCAUCUGUGCACAUCUGCUACAUUCAACUGGACAAUGCCAAGGAGCUCAAUGCCCACAUCAGCAAGUGGAUUGCAGAGGUUGGUGGGAGGCGCAAGCCCACUCCACUGUACACCUCCAAGUACAAUGGUGUGACUGAGCAAUUCAAUUGCAAGAUCAUGACCUGA